AUGUUAGAUAAGUUAUAUUUACGUAUUUUUUUCUUAGGUAUCAUUCGAGGAAAUGAUGGUGCUGCUUGUGAGGAAGCCAGUGGUAAUCGACAAGAUCAUCGCCAAUGCGAGCUGAAAACUGGAUCGCUGCUCGAAGUACUUAGGGCAAUCGCACCAUCAGUAGCACCCGAUUCCAAACAAGAAAGUGGGUGCAACUUGAUGGACUGUGGAUUUGAAAUGAGAUCAGGUUACGAUGUGGGGAUUACGACGAGCCAUCUGACGGUGGAAGGUCGCACUGAUUCGGACGGGAGAGGCAGGAUCCUAUACGAGGGUUUCAUGCAAGUGCGGUGUUGUGAGAACAACAUAAAAACAACAAUUUAUCCUUCAGACAUCAACAAUCAACCCCAACUUGAGCAACAGCCCUCGAAACUUCGACUGAAGCCAUCAGAAUCUUCGGCCAACGUCAUGUUUAAUUCAAGGACCCCGCGACCCUUGAUAACUCAUCAGGAACGACCCGAUAAGUCACGGUUGACGAGCCACGCUUCCAUCAGCAGCUCGGGAUCGGCGGCGCAUUGA